AGAUUCGUUCAGUCACCAACAAUCGAGGCCCAUCAUGGUCUUUUCGGUGGCUUCGAGAUGUCUCAGGCAUCAACAAUCAUCCCUGCGGAGAACAUGUGCGGCGAUGACACGAACUUCCCAAACACGUCAUCACGGGAUCACGCCCAGGACCCUCAGAACCAACAUACACAACUUCAGUUCCUCUGCAACGGUUCGAUCCAACAUCGAGCCUAGUGCAGGAUUGAAAGAGACGCUAAGCAACUAUAAGGCAACUAUCCGUUCCCAAUUCAGCAACGUGUAUGACGUCGAUCCCAGUCUGCGUACUGCCUGCGAAGUAGGCCAGGAAGUGACCCUGUUCGGCUAUUUGGAUACGCGUCGGGAUGUGCACAAAAACCUUUCCUUCGCACUGCUCAGAGGACAGGACCAGCAGUACACUCUGCAGUUGGUGUCUACCUCCCAGGACAGUUCUCAUGAACUGUUCAAGUCCCUCAAAUCUUGGACACCCGUAUGUGUCAGAGGAACACUGCAGCAGCGUAUCAUCCCACCUUCUGAUGUUCGCGAUCUUGAAAAAGUUGUAGAAGGUGCGACUGUUAUGGGCGACAUAGAAGUCAAAGUUAAUCAUAUUGAGCCCCUGAAUUCCAGGCCUGAUGAUUUGAUCAUCUCGUCUUCGGCAAACUACCCUCCCGAAAAACGCCAUCUCCAGUUGCGCUUCAAACAUGAACAGCGACAGCCCCUGAUAUUCAGGCAUCAGGCCAGCAUCAUAAUGAGGGACACGCUCAAUGAGAUGGGAUUUAUCGAGACAGAAACGCCCCUCCUGUUCAAAUCAACACCAGAGGGUGCACGCGAAUUCUUGGUACCCACACGAGCGAAAGGCCUUGCCUAUGCCCUCCCCCAAAGUCCUCAACAGUACAAGCAGAUACUCAUGGCUUCAGGCAUCGCAAAGUACUACCAAUUUGCGCGUUGUUUCCGAGACGAAGACCUGAGAGCCGAUCGGCAACCGGAAUUUACACAGCUCGAUAUGGAACUGGCCUUCAGCGCAGAAGAGGACGUCAUGAGAGUAAUUGAGAUUCUUCUGAAGACCCUUUGGCAGCGGGCGGGCAAAGGUCAUCUACUCCUAGAUGGAGAUGGGGAUUUCCCAAGAAUGACCUAUCAUCAAGCAAUGGCCAGAUAUGGUUCGGACAAGCCUGACUUGCGUCUCGGAAUGGAGAUCACCAGCAACAUCACGGAGCACCUACCCGCAGACCUGAUACGUAAAAUAACUCCUUUGGAGGACCCCAUCAUAGAUGCCUUGAAGUUUGACCUUGACCAAUAUCCAGUACACAACCGAAGCAUCUUCGGCCAAUUCCUGGAAAGCCCCGAUGGCCAGCCGUUCCUCGAGAAUCCGGAUGGUGCACCAGCCGUCUUCUUCUGCGAUGAGAAGCAACCACUUCAGGGGCUAAGUGCCUUGGGUCACGACUUUGUACAAAAUUGUCCCGAAGAAUUGAAAAUGAUAAAUGGAGAAAUCUUGAUACUCCAAGCCAGGAAAAAUGAACCAUUCUCAGGAGGUUCCACAGCCCUCGGAAAUCUUCGCCUGGCAUUACACAAGGAAGCCCUAGCCCGGGACAUCUUUGACAAGCCGAAGGGGUUCAAGUUCGUCUGGAUUCACGACUUCCCUCUUUUCUCCCCAAUCAAUGAUGUCGAUCCUGGCCAAGGUGGAUCCGCAGGCCUGGCCUCUACGCAUCACCCCUUCACAGCUCCCAAGACCGCUCAAGACGUCGAUCUCCUCCUCAAAGCACCUGAGCAAGUUAUUGCAGCUCAUUAUGACAUCGUUGUCAACGGAGUGGAGCUAGGAGGUGGCAGCCGCCGUAUCCAUGACGCAGAGGUUCAGGAAUUCAUCCUCCGGGAUGUUUUGAAGAUGAGCAGUGAACGUCUUGAAGACUUCAGGCACCUGCUUGAUGUAUUGCGUUCCGGAUGUCCACCCCACUCGGGCAUUGCAUUAGGCUGGGAUAGGCUUAUUGCGGUUCUGCUUGGGAAAGACUCGGUGCGUGAUGUCAUAGCAUUUCCAAAGAGCGGGAAAGGUGAAGAUAUGCUAGUCAAAUCUCCCAAUGCUAUGACUGAGGAACAGUUGAACACCUAUCACCUUCAGCUUAAAAGUAAGUAGCACGGGAAUCUCAUCGGCAACGCUCUGCACGUCCUUGUCUCCACGACCAGACACACAGGCUCCGAUUCCUGCAUGUUGGCGUAAGGUUUCGGUUCUUGAUCUUCAUUUCGGCUCUUGAUCUCUAUUUCGGCUCUUAAUCUCUAUUUCGGCUCUUAAUCUCUAUUUUGGGCGUUGGCCUCUAUUUUGGGCAUUGAAGGUCUCCUGUAACUAUCAAAACUCUAGCAUCAUCGGUAUUGGAAAAGGAAAAAAAAUAAUAUGAGUUCCUGUACGCUGGCGUACCAUUUCGAUUGUCAGUCUGUAUCUUGGGCAACGAAGGUCUUAUAUAACUAUGAAAGCUAUAGCCUCAUCGGCAAUGGAUAAAACCGAGAGUACAAUACAA